CUUCAAUAUAGCCGUGUGGUGACCUUGAGACCGGGUCGCUCUUAAAAAGUCAAGUGUCCCUCGUGCCGACGGACUGUAUUCUGUCUGUGACUUCUCUGCGACUUCUUUUGAACAGCGAGUUUUCUGGUAUACUGUACGCUCUUACUCUCCAGCUGGAUAAUUCUGCACAUUGAGCGGUACUCCAAAGCAUUAUGACUUCGCCAACCCUCGCUCCUGGACUGCCAGAGUUCAGCCUCAAGGACAAGGUCGUCCUAGUGUCUGGUGCGGCACGCGGGCUCGGUCUGAUACAAGCGGAAGCAUUGUUGGAGGCAGGCGCCAUAGUGUAUGCUUUGGACAGGCUACCUGAACCACACCCAGACUUCCACAUUAUCGCGGAGAAAGCAAAGAACGUGUUCAACUCGAAAUUCGAGUACCGGCAGAUCGAUGUAAGAGACGUCGAUGGGCUCCAUAAGGUCGUUGAGGAUAUUGCGAGUGUCGAGGGAAGGAUGGACGGUUUGGUUGCUGCUGCUGGUAUCCAGCAAGAAACACCGGCGCUCGAGUACAAGGCCGAGGACGCAAACCGCAUGUUCGAAGUCAACAUUACCGGUGUCUUCAUGACUGCUCAGGCGGUUGCGAAACAGAUGAUUAAGUUCGGCAACGGCGGUAGCAUGGCUUUCAUUGCAAGCAUGUCUGGCACUGUCGCCAACAAGGGCUUGAUCUGCGCCGCAUACAACUCGUCCAAGGCAGGUGUGAUCCAGCUCGCUCGAAAUCUAGCGUCCGAAUGGGGUCAGCACAACAUCCGCGUCAACACCAUCUCACCCGGAUACAUCGUAACGCAAAUGGUGGAGGAGCUGUUUGUGAAGUACCCUGAGCGCAAGGAGACGUGGCCGACGCAGAACAUGCUGGGGAGGCUUUCAGCUCCAAAGGAGUACCGGGGUGCAGCAGUAUUCCUGAUCAGCGACGCCAGCUCGUUCAUGACAGGGUCUGAUCUGAGGAUAGAUGGCGGUCACUCUGCGUGGUAAUUACGCGAGAGCAUUGUAAGAACACGACAUAUAACUUAUUCAACGGUGC